CUGUUCAGGCACUUCAACCUGUUCCUACGGAACAGCAAGCAGGAGCCACUUCAUCUCUCUCUCUCUCUCUUCGCACUCUUUUCGCGUUCGGAUCUGUUGCUAGGAUCAACAUGGCCCCGGUGUCGGCGCUCGCCAAGUACAAGCUGGUAUUCCUGGGGGAUCAGUCGGUGGGGAAGACGAGCAUCAUCACCAGAUUCAUGUACGAUAAGUUCGACAACACCUAUCAGGCUACGAUUGGGAUAGAUUUUCUAUCGAAGACUAUGUACCUUGAAGAUCGAACAGUCAGACUGCAGCUCUGGGACACAGCUGGACAGGAAAGAUUUAGGAGCCUUAUCCCAAGUUAUAUUCGGGACUCCUCGGUUGCAGUCAUUGUAUAUGAUGUAGCAAGUAGACAAUCCUUCUUGAAUACUUCAAAAUGGAUUGAAGAGGUUCGUACAGAGAGGGGAAGUGAUGUUAUCAUUGUCCUUGUUGGAAACAAAACCGACCUUGUUGACAAGAGGCAAGUUCCAAUAGAGGAAGGAGAAGCUAAAGCACAGGAACUUGGUGUCAUGUUUAUUGAAACAAGUGCAAAAGCUGGCUUCAAUAUAAAGGCUCUUUUCCGAAAGAUUGCUGCUGCUCUUCCAGGGAUGGAGAAUCUUUCUUCGGCAAAGCAGGAAGACAUGGUGGAUGUAAACUUGAGGUCAUCAAAUGCGAAUUCAUCCCAAUCACCGUCCCAGUCUGGUGGUUGUAGGUGUUGAGUUCAUCCAUAAUUGUUUAGGUUGCUAUUGAGGUGUUGUAUUUUACUGAGCUUUCUAUCAACUCAUAAACAGCAUCAGCCUACAUAGGAAAGGAUGUUUUGAUGAGAGAGAUAUGCAUGAACUAGUCUCUAUGUUUGUAAUAUCUGGUUCUAGGUGUAUACAUUUGCGAGAAGAUGCUUUGCUCGAGUCUAAAA